UUCUUUCCCUCAGCCCUACGAACCCCGGGAGAUUUAAAUCGCACCUUACCAGUGAUGACCAUUCGCUAGGAUAAUACUAGGAGAGAUUCUUUUGGGUGGAGGGUGUUGUAAGCGUUUCAUUUUCCUUGCUUCUUUCUCGUGCCGUUUUCGCGGACGUUUUCUUCUGAGUUUUGCUGGCCUUCCACGGGAGAUGGAGCGUUUGCUGCUGGUGUGGCAGGUAUUGCGGGGAGACAGAAACUGCUUCCCCAGAAAGGAGAUGUGUAAGGAGUCUUGGUCCUCUAGGAUACAGACAGUGAGUGUGGGAGUUAGCACAGAGCCUUGCUAUGCCAGGUGGGAAGUAGAGACAGACAAAGUUAUUCUCCAGUGGUGGCAAAAGCAGAUAGAUUAUGGCAAGUGCACACCUGGCUACCAGUGCUUUCUGCACCAGGUCCUCAAGGCACUGCGGCAGCCUGGGCUUCACCCUGAAACACCAAACAAGAACGGGAGGUUCAGCCAUCACUCCUGGGAUGCCCAGAUCAGGCAGUGGAGAAGAGCCCUACAUUCCUGGGACCCUCCCCGCCAGCCUCUGCAGGGCAGAAGGGCUGAGGGAUGUGGAAUGGAGAGUCUCCUAGAGCCAAUGGAUUCCACUCCUUUGGAUGACCUCCUGAAUCACUGGCUCCAGGCCCUGGAAUCUUCAGAAUAUGGAUGGAGACUGCAAGAGCGGCUCCUGGGACUCCGAGCAGGCCCUAAUCGGCGCUUGGACCACACUUCCCAGCAGCCUUCACGCCGCGGACGGGUCCUUUGCUGGGGGAAGGGGGCUUCCUUCGAAGAGGUGGUCGUGGAGGGCGGGGCAGCCGAGCAGGUGAGGGGCACUGUGGCUAAUUGCAUGACGCGGGCCGAACCGAGGACUCGUUGGUUCGCGCCAGCGCCUUUUAAGGACACCGUGGGGCGAACGGAGCGCUCAGAGCUGCUCCGGCCGCGGCCCUGGGAGCUGGAGGAGCUGCGCCCGACCGCCCGCGCGGCCGGGCCUCGCAGGCCGCCUCCGCGGGGAGAGCACGGGACCCGUGGGAAGAGGCGAACGAUAGCCCCCCCUGAGCGAGCCCUGGCGCCCCCCCGCUCCGGGGACCAGCGGACGCCCCAUGCCCCACCCCGCGGGGACAGGCAGGGCAACAGAGGGAGAGGUUGA